AUGGAUGACUCAGACUCAGAAGCUAUGAAAUGCCGCUUCACUGAUCGGUCCGUGAAUUUCUCAGAGACUGUCUGUGAACUUCUGAACACCAAGGAUCCAUGGACCACUCAAAAGCGCAAGGGCCCACAUAAUCGAGUUCAGACGUCACCUGCUAAUAAACAACAACCCAAUCAGUUAAGCGCCUCUAGUUCAGCUCCGACAGGUUCAUCACUGAUUUCGCUGAGGCGUCAUAAUCUCAUGGUCUUCCACGUACCGGAGUCAAAAGAUGAAAACCCUCAGAUACGUUAUGAUCACGAUGUUGAUUUCCUCCAGGGACACACCGAUAGACUCUUGGAUGUGGGCGAAGACAGUGUGACGAUUAAACAAGUAAUCCGACUUGGCCAGACAACUAACCAAUCAUGUCGACCUCUGAGAAUCACCUUCGCAAAUCCCAAUAUGCCGCAGCUCAUACUAUCUUGUCUGUCAAGGAUGAAAGGCAUAAAAGUUCACAUCCGCCGAGACUUGGAACCCGAAGGCAGCAAUCGUUUGAAGACUGCGGUCAUUGAGCUCAAACGCCGUACAGAGGAAGGUGAGACUGACUUACAAAUUGUAAAUUUUCGGGUGAUCAAGAAAGGCGUACGAACCCGUAUCAACCGAUUGCUCAACCUCCAGGCACGUCCCGCAGUACCUCCCAGGACCUCUGUGUGGCAUUCGCCAACGUGUGCA